CGCGGGGUCCCCGGGGGGGGGUGAGGCCCGGCGCCCGCGUGCUUCGGCCCCCGCCGCCUCCCCUGUGUCCUUGGGGCUGGCCCUGGCUUGUCCCGCUGCGGUCGCGCCGGCGUUAGCGACCCCGCCGGAGUUCGCCCGCCUGUGCUCUGCUCUCCCGCGGCACCGGCGUCUCCGUUCGUCCUGGUAGCCCGGUUUUGUCGGCCCGGUGGUGAUCUUCCCCUCGAAGCUCUCACCGCCGCCCCCUCCUGUGCUUCGUAUUUCUCCCACGGCCUCCCCGCGCUCUCCCUCCACCCGCUCGGGCCGCAGACCUGCCCGGGUCCGCGCGGGUUGCUCGCGCGGCGGCCGGGCACUUGUCCAGAACUUUGUGUCCUGCUCUCCGGAGUGGGCGACUGUUCUGUCCGGCCGUGUGUUCCUUUUCCCGGUCCUGUCGGGGUGCAUCGCGGGUGGCUUUCGAGGACCUGGGCCGGCUGAGCGAGUGUCUCUCUACCAGUGUGGUAAAGUCCCAACGCCCUCACCAUGGACUUCCAGCAUCGCCCCGGGGGUAAGACCGGGAGUGGAGGCGUAGCCUCCUCCUCGGAGAGCAACCGAGACCGCAGGGAGCGCCUCCGGCAGCUGGCCCUGGAGACCAUCGACAUCAACAAGGACCCGUAUUUCAUGAAGAACCAUCUGGGCUCGUACGAGUGCAAGUUGUGUCUGACCCUGCACAACAAUGAGGGGAGCUACCUGGCACAUACCCAAGGGAAGAAGCAUCAGACCAACUUGGCCCGGCGAGCCGCCAAGGAGGCCAAGGAGGCCCCCGCCCAGCCGGCGCCAGAAAAGGUCAAGGUGGAGGUGAAGAAGUUUGUGAAGAUUGGCCGCCCAGGCUACAAAGUGACCAAGCAGAGGGACACGGAGAUGGGCCAGCAGAGCCUCCUCUUCCAGAUUGACUACCCUGAGAUCGCCGAGGGCAUCAUGCCCCGCCACCGCUUCAUGUCCGCCUACGAGCAGAGGAUCGAGCCCCCCGACCGGCGCUGGCAGUACCUGCUCAUGGCCGCCGAGCCCUACGAGACCAUCGCCUUCAAGGUGCCCAGCAGGGAGAUCGAUAAGGCCGAAGGCAAGUUCUGGACUCACUGGAAUCGGGAAACCAAACAGUUUUUCCUGCAGUUUCACUUCAAGAUGGAGAAGCCGCCAGCCCCGCCGAGCCUCCCUGCUGGGCCUCCUGGGGUGAAGAGACCCCCGCCCCCCCUGAUGAAUGGUCUGCCGCCCCGGCCGCCUCUGCCAGAGUCUUUGCCCCCGCCACCGCCGGGAGGCCUGCCUCUGCCACCCAUGCCGCCCAGUGGGCCUGCACCCUCAGGGCCUCCGGGCCCUCCCCAGCUGCCCCCGCCAGCUCCCGGUGUCCACCCGCCGGCACCAGGGGUCCACCCCCCAACAUCUGGGGUCCACCCCCCAGCACCAGGAGUCCACCCUCCAGCUCCCGGGGUUCACCCCCCGGCACCGGUGGUCCACCCACCAACAUCUGGGGUCCACCCACCAACUCCGGGUGUCCACCCUCCAGCCCCAGGGGUCCACCCACCUGCUCCGGGUGUCCAUCCUCCGCCAUCUGCUGGGGUUCACCCCCAGGCUCCAGGGGUACAUCCACCAGCUCCUGCAGUUCACCCCCAGGCCCCGGGGGUGCACCCUCCAGCUCCUGCAGUUCAUCCCCAGGCCCCUGGGGUCCACCCACCAGCUCCUGGGGUCCACCCACCAGCCCCAGGGAUCCACCCCCAGCCUCCUGGGGUCCACCCUCCACCUCCUGGGGUCCACCCGUCGGCUCCUGGGGUCCAUCCUCCAGCUCCUGGGGUCCACCCCCAGCCUCCUGGAGUUCACCCCUCAAAUCCAGGGGUACAUCCCCCUACUCCCAUGCCCCCGAUGCUGAGGCCCCCACUGCCCUCCGAAGGCCCUGGGAACAUUCCUCCCCCUCCCCCAGCCAACUGAAAGGCAGCCCCUUCUCCAGGCAAGUCUGGUGUGUUGUGUUUUCCUUCAGAGCGGAGUUUGGUUCUUUUGUACGGGGCUGUGACGUGUCCCCGCUGCUCAUUAAACGCCUCCCCCGAGGCCCAGCUUGCA